ACGAGCAGAGGGGGAGAGGGCAUGAGAUAAACCAUGGUAGAUUCAGAGGCAGACAUUGGACUGGCAUGGCUGUGUGCAGCUCACUGCGCUCGACAUCCACCAGGCUCCUUCCUGGACUUUGGGAUUCUCCCUCCUCAGCCUGGCAGCUUUGACACGCCGCUGGAUAGCGUAACAUUGAGCUGUGCCGUGUUUUCACAGCAUGUUGCAGGGCAUUGGGAGAUAGAGAGGGAAUAAUCCAGGAGGGGGCUGGGGUGGGGGGGGGGCACCUUACCACACUUGAGCGAGGGUCCGCGGGCUUCCUCUCUCUCUCCGUUCAUAUCGUCUGCCUUAUCUGCACAGAGACCUGGGAAUAAUGGAGGGAUGCAUCGGGGUUGCUCUUCGCCUGUCAUGCUUGAAUCACAGCUCCAUUUAUCCUUUUGUGUCACAGACCUUAUUGCCUUUGUCUGUCACCUCCGCCAGAUCAACUGUGGGGUAGCGUGGCGGACGGAGCCUCCUCCUCCUCGUCCCCCCGCUCCCUCGUCUGUGCCCCUGGCUUCUCAUCACUCCCGGCUCGCUCGUGUCUCUUCACCUCUCGUGAGCCGCCCUCCCCUCUCUGUUGAGCUCCGUCUUUCUUGCUCUCCCGCUCUCUCCUCCUGCUUUACUAUCUCCCUCUCUUUGCUCUCUCAAAGCAGGCGGUCUGCUGCUCUACCCAGGCAGCUUGCUACAUGAUCUCCUGGAGAACAGUUCUCACCGCUGCUCUGCCGCCUCACAGUUCCUGAGACGAUUUUCAUCUCCACAACGGCAGGAUGCUCCUUAACGAGGAUUGAUCCCCGUUCGCCCCCUUUCACUUUCCCCUUCCCUUCCCUUGUCCUGAUCUCCUGCCCUCUGACCCUCACCCUCUUGUUCUCUACCCCCACCUUCACCUCGUCACCCUGACCCGAGCCUCUUUCCCUCCUAAUCCACCCACCCCCCUUGACCAUGUUGCCAUGUGUCUGCUGGCUCCAACCUAUCCUCAUCUUGUUGUCCUCUGUCUUAUGGACCCGGGGGGAAAACUGCCCAGCAACCUGCAUGUGCCCGGAUCCUCACACCGUGGACUGCAGCGGCCGCGGGUUGACCCGACUCCCCAAUGAGAUCCCCCUGGAUGUACGCAGGCUUUUGCUGGCGGACAACUGGAUACCCCGCAUCCCCUCGGACUUCCUGGUUCUGUACAGCGACCUGGUGUACCUGGACCUCCGGAACAACUCGCUCUCCCUCAUAGAACCGGGGACACUCAGCACCUCUUCCAGGCUGGUGUUCUUGGAUCUGGGCAGCAACAAUCUGACUGAGAUCCCCAAGGGGACGUUUGGGGAGUCCCGUAGCCUCAUCAAACUACGACUGGGCAACAACCCGUAUCUGAGCAUGGUGAGUGAGGAUGCUUUCCUGGGCCUCACCUCUCUGAGGGAACUGGAGCUGGAGCGUAAUGCGCUGUCUACCCUAAAGGUGGGGGCACUGAGUCAGCUGCCCUCCCUGCGGGCGGUGAGGCUGGAGGGCAACCCCUGGGUGUGCAACUGCAACUUUGCCAGCCUGUUUGCGUGGCUGAUGGAGAACAGUCACAAGCUUCCAAAUGGGGUGGAAGGCAUGGAGUGCUCCCUCCCUAUGGACGGCAGACGCGUGUCGCUGACCCAGCUCUCGCAGGACAGCUUCCGGGAGUGCCAGGCCAACCUGACUCUAACAGACCUGCUCAUCAUCAUCUUCUCCGGCAUCUCAGUGUCGGUGGUGGCCAUCAUGACGAGCUUCUUCCUGGCGUCAACUGUCCACUGCUUCCAGCGCUGGAGCAAAGGCACCAAAGGGGACGAGGAAGAGAGUGAAGAGUGAGGAGGAUUUUACUCGUGUUUUUCGCGCCUCCCCCACCGUGGGACGGGCACUUCAAACAAUGAGGGGAUUGAACCGCAGAAAGUGCAACAUGUGACAAGUAUCAUGCUGCUUCUGGUGAUGAGGAUCUCGCCCCUGGUACGGUUGAGAGUUGUUGUCUUUGCACAUGGAGAAGUCUGAAAUAUGGGAAACGAAAGGACCUUCCCAAGGAAUGAGCCAAAAAUUAGUGAGGCCCAGCUCCACGGCACAGGUGUGAGAGUGUGUGGUUAUACUUUAUGGCUACUGGCUCAGUAUUAUAGGCCUACACAGAUAGAAUAAGGCUAAAUCCUUUAUAUUGACAGAGUUAAAGUUUUUUGAGAAGUGUUGCUGCAGUGCUUGCAGAGCUGUUGCUUUAGUCUUAAUAAGCCAAUAACUUAUCUUAUCACACAAACGUCCAACAGUAGAGUCUGAAUACUGUAACGUGACAUCAGAGUUUAGUAAAUCAGUUUAUUGACCCUUUAAGAAAAAGGAUGUCACACCGACCAGCAACCUCAGUGUUUAACUGCCUAUUACAUGAUAUGCUGGCAUAUCCUGCCAUUCACAGUGUCUUUUUCUGGACAGAUUCACUCACCGAUAUUCAAAAGUCUUUCCCCAGCACCGAGCAGGCAAAAUGCUGUUGAAGGGAAGAGAUGUUUGGUAGCUGAUUUACCGUAGACAGGUCGAGUUGGUGUCUACACGCAGUAUAUUCACUAUGUAAUCCAAAACGUAUGUACCUAAAGAAAACAAUGUACAGUCAAACAAAUAUAUAAAUCAAAAGGAUAUACUGUAUGUUCCUUAGGCUGAUUACAGUGAACUGUGUAGAAAGAAGAUCACAAAAUGUUAUAUUGAAAGUUAUGGCAAAUAUACGAUUUUAAACUAGAAUCUAUAUGUAGAACUUGUGUCAAACAACGCACUUUAAAUGGUGAACCUAAUUUUUGGCAAGCCCCGAAAAAACACCACGUAGACUGGUGUUGUUGUCACCUGCCAAAGAUUAGGUUUCAGCGAAGGAGAGAUUGGUUGUGAGGACUUUGUUGUGGGUGAAGUUUGUAUUUAGAGGGUAGGGGACAUAGCUCCUGAAUAGAAGGCAGCGCUACAGCCAAAAUCACACUCUGUACACUCACAUUGUUCUCAUGCUCUCCAAAGCUUUACAUUCUCUCCUCGUCGGUCUGAGACUGAGCCAGCUGUCGUACUCAGCGUCUUUCUUCCUCAUUUUACAACACAUAGUUAAGUACUGUAUGAUUAAGGUUGGGUACCGUUCACAUUUUAAUCAAUUUGAUACCUGGGUUCUGGUAUUGGUAUCCGACGGCAACGAGGAUUUGCUCUCUGCAAUACCAGAAAAUGUAAUUCCAGCCGUCACAGUAAAUAGCUUUUAGAAAACACCGGUAUAGUAGAUGGUGGUAUGCACCUACAAGUUGUUUGUGAUCUGCUGGAAAAAAAGAAAAUGCUAAACCAAAGUACAAGCAAACCAACAGUGAACAAGAACGUUUUCUCCGGCCAUGACGCAUCCAAAUGGCAAAUUAAGUACGUGGAGUCUACGUCGAUGACGCUGUCAAACAAGGGUUCAGCUUCUUUGUCGCUGGCUGCAGGCGCGAUGCUAACGUUAGCUGCAGCUGCUGCCAGGUACUCGACUUUCAGGCUUUUAAACACGAUGCACUUUUUAGCUUUUAGAUGCGUCUCGUGUUGACUGGGUGUCUCGUCAGGUUAGAUGUGUUGCCAUGGCCAGCUUCGCAUUUCUCUAUACAAAUACUGCAGUUACCAACACUAGAGCCUGAUGCACACCGCCUCAGCAAUGUAGCAUCACUUGAUACGCAGGCACAUUAACGCACUAGUAUAAAUAUGUAGGCCACUUGCAGAGGCUCUCCACGGAUUCUACUUGCUCUCGCAACCAGAUGAUUUGACUUGCUGUCUUGCAGACGGACUUAACGUGAAUCAGUGCUCAGUUUUAGAAAAGCACGGUACCCAACCGUAUGUGUGACUGUGGCUAGCAAGAGAUUAGUUUCUUGAGGAGUAAAUAAUUGUCUAUCGUUGUAUUUGAGACAUAAUCAAUAUGUAGCCGACAUCAUGGACUCUUUGGGCUUUUUUUGUGAUUUUACUAAAGAUCUUCCGAUAUCUAAAGCUGCUGAUGUCAUAUCCUUGAGAAGUCUCAUAACACUGUAUCCACAUCUGCAUUCACAAGAGCGACACUUCAGUAAAAUUAAAUAAACACAGUGCCCUGGAUUUUUACAGGUUUCUGUUUGUUAUUUGCCUCCUUUAUAUUUAAAUCCUCCGUGAUUUGGAACGCACAUAGCUGAAAUCUUUGGAUUUUUCUUUCCCCCCCCCCCUAAAGCUAAGGUAUGUUGCAUUGCUUCUCCAUUUGCUUCAUGUAAGGCAUGACUAAUUCGGCGGAAUUGAGAUAUGAAGCAGAAAGAAUGUCAAGCCUUCUAAAUGCAAACAAGCGGAGGAUAGAAGAAUAAAAAGAGCCGUGGACAAAUACUCAUCGUUCCCGUGUGCUUGACGACAAAAAAAAGGAAAUCCAAAAUGCUUAUGUCCCGUUAGAGCAAGUCAUAACCCUGAGUGUGCUGCCUCCCCGAGCACAUUUUGCAGAGAUGACAAUAAAUAAAUGUGGCCUUAUUUUUUAGUUUUUUUUCGUUGUUGUUUUCAUCAUUAGCAUCAAUAAAAGCACAAUGAUUUCACAUGUAAUAAACGCGACCCUAGGUCACUUUAAAGGAUGUGUCACAUCACAUGUUGGUUCCAGCCUGUAUUGUCACAGUAUGUUUUCAUUAAUGUGAGUCGUCACACGUUGUGCUGAAAGUGCCACAUCCCUUAUAAACAGAGUUAAGAAUUGUACCGUGUAGAUGUUAUGUAUUUGCCAGAAUUCAAACCAUGCGGGACACUUCCAGGACACAUUAUUAAUUAACAAAUGAUUAAUCAUUCAUACGAGCCGGCUGACCUUUCUCCAACCCCCCCACCCCCUCGUAACCGUGACUCAGUGUAUAUGGGCAGGCCUGUCAAGAUUUUAGAUUUCUCCAUUUCAAUUCUAGCAUCAGAUAAAGUGUGAUCUUUUAAAGGAGACGUGUUCUGCUCAUGUUCAGAAAACACAUCACAGUCCUCAAACUGUCCAUCGCUGCUGCUCCUCUUUUCAGCCUCUGUCUGAAACAAUUGGUUUUAGCUCCUGUGUCUUUAAGGCCCCCCUCCCACUAGCCGCUGGGCCUGCGUUAUGGAAAUGUGGAGUGUUGUGGUGUCACGUGACAUCACGAUGAUGCGGGAGUGACAACGAGAAACUUCAGGAGCUUCAGGAGCUGUGUUUUCUUUCGAGGCUUUUUUUUUACCUUUGUAGAACUUUUGCAGGACCACCAGAAAACACAAGGCAACCCAUAAAACACACUGGAGGAAAGUGAUACUCCCUAAUUCGUCUCCUUUAAAGGGGAAUGGCAGAGAAUUUCAUAUUUAAACUCAACCAUUUGUCUCUUAGUUUUAUUUAAUUGCUCAUCGUCAGAGGACAGACGCCCGGAGCAGAGAGAACAGAGGGUUUGGCUUUUAGGAACUCGACUCCCAUUGAGCAGAAAGUGAGUUUCCAGUUGGUGAAAUGACAAAAAGCAGGUCGUUGUGUUCAGAAGACAAACCUUCGACGGCAUAAUACCUCAAGAGUAGCUGGACGAAUUAUAUGUGUUUUUGAGAGUUUUCCCCUUGAACAGAGGAGAAGCUGGCUAGCUGCUAUGUGGAGGUUGCAGGCCUGAGUCCAGGAAUCAGAGUUUUUAUACAUAUCAUUAUCAUUUCCAACUACUGUGUAGUUACUGUAUAUUAACAAACUAUUCUGUUCGCUUAGCUGUUAGCUUGACGCAUAUGUUAGCAUGACAUUUUCAUUUCUCUUUCUCAUUUUAUUAAGUAACAAAUAUCCGCACAUUAGAGCAUGCACCUUUGAGUUACCUGCAGUAUAAAGCUCAGAUUCAUGUCUAUUUUUCUAUUAAACCUUUCACAAUAAAGCAUUUAUUUACUCUGUCAUUUUUAUUUCGGCCCGGAGAGCAGAGACACGGGCGACUGCUUUUUCCUACGUUUCGUCCUGACAUUGCUAAAGAAAAAGAAAAAUCCAUGUUAUGUUUUGUCAGAUAAAUGUCAGAAUUACUCGGUUCUAAAUUAAGUGACAGAGGAGUGUGAUGUUGUUGCUGCAGCUAAAUGCAUUUCCAAAUGUCAAACAGACACCGUCCAACAGACCAUAUGUGUAGCUGUAUAUUGAUGUUUGGUACAAAAAAAUAAAUACAUUUUUCUGUC